AAAAAACGAACGUUCUGGACACUUUGGAUCGAUUUCUAGGGUUCUCAAACACUGCCAUUUUCAAAUUGGAACCCCAGAUUAAGGUUUUCAGAGAAUUCGGGAAUUCAUUCAUCUGAUAGGAGCAAUCGACGAUGGGGAAGAUUCCCGUGAAGGUAAAGGCUGUGACCUACGCCCUAUCUCCGUUCCAACAGAAGGUGAUGCCUGGUCUCUGGAAGGACUUCACCCAUAAGAUUACUCACAAAGUCACCGAGAACUGGAUUGGCGCCGUCCUCCUCGUCGGCCCGGUUGCCGGCGUCUACACGUAUGUCCAGAAUUACCAGGAAAAGGAAAAGUUGCACCACAGGUACUAAAGUCACAGGUUGAGUGAGGAAGAAUAAUGGGUGUUGUAGUGAAAGUGAAGAUGAAUUUGUAUCUCUUGCUUUCUAGAGUUCUUUGUGGUGAUGGAUGCAUAUAUAUAAUGGUGGUGUUAGUUUGCAGAUAUUAAAACUGUUUUUCCCUCUUAAUUUCCUUCUGACUGUGAUAUAUUUUGUUCAUUAAUUACUCUGUCAUACCC